AAAACCCAAAAUCACCAACUCUUCUCUCUUCUCUCUCAGCACUUCCAAAUUAUUUCAUCCCAAAAAUCAUUCCUACUCGCAUCACAGAUCUCUCUUCCUCACUCUCUUUCUUCAGUAUCAAUCCCAUUGUACGUAGUUGUACAAAAGAUGUUGGGACCAAUGAUGGAAGAUGUUUUAAGUGAGAUAUCGGAGGAGAUUAUGAACGAGAAAGGUGGGUUACCGCCGGGGUUUCGCUUCCACCCCACCGACGAGGAGCUCAUCACUUUCUACUUAGCUUCCAAGGUCUUCAAUGGCAGCUUUUGUGGCAUUCAGAUCGCUGAGGUCGACCUCAACCGUUGCGAGCCCUGGGAGCUUCCCGACGGGGCGAAGAUGGGGGAGAGGGAAUGGUACUUCUUCAGCUUGAGGGACAGGAAGUACCCGACGGGGCUGAGGACGAACAGGGCCACCGGGGCAGGUUAUUGGAAAGCCACAGGCAAGGACCGGGAAGUACACAGCGCCUCGAGCGGGGCACUUCUCGGAAUGAAGAAAACCCUAGUCUUCUACCGAGGGAGGGCUCCCCGGGGUGAAAAGACCAAGUGGGUCAUGCACGAGUACCGCCUUGAGGGAGAGUUCUCCUGCCGGCACACCGGCAAGGAGGAAUGGGUGAUCUGCAGGAUAUUCCAUAAAACCAUGGACAAGAAAUUAAAUACCCAUUUUCCCGAAGGCCAAAGUUGCAUCAACAUGAUUGUCCCUCAUCAGCACCUCCUAGACAAUUACAAUCUGUUUGAGACCAAGUCGAUUUUAAACCCUAACCCUGCACCCCUCUUCUUCUCAAACCAGGAUCUUAUCCCUGCCAAAGACAAGGCUGCCCCUGUACCCAAGCAGCACUGCAAGGCCGAGACCGACGAUUACAACAGUAUAAUACUUCCUCAGUUCCAUCAUCAUCAGCUUUUCCUCCCUGAUCUUGUUGCCUCCGGCAAUGAUCGUUUUCAUCAAAACGAUAGUACUAACAACCAUCAGAUUCUUCAAAACCCUAACUUCUUGAUCUUCGAUAUGGGCUGCUAUUAUGAUGGUGUCACCACGAGCGAUAAUCUUCGUGAGAGGCCUGCCUGCAAUUGUUGUUGUUCUUCUUCUUCUUCAGCCAUGGACAGUGCAUUGAUUGGAUCUUCUUGGCCAUUGUUAGACGCUUGAAGAUCUCCUAUAUAUGUAUGUAUUUAUCAAUGUCUGAUCUCAUGGACUCUAUAUAUGAAUUUUAUCUAAUUAUAUUUACUAAUAUAAUAUAUUAAGUACAUGUGUAUAUAUUAUGUAUAUGUAUUUAAAUAUGUGUGAUGGUGGAGUGGAGACAAGUAGAUAGGGCUACUGUCGGUAGAAUCUUAUUGCUAGUGAACUGUUGGGCAAUUUAGAUUGGGAAGUAUCUCUGCUAGAUUUUCUGACAAAAUAUAUAUAUAUAUAUAUAUAUAAAUCCUGAUAUCUGAAAGUUUCAAGACAUUUCUUAAAUGAA